CUGACUGAUUACGUUAUAGUCAGUUCGACCACUCGCUUUGUAAAUAAUUGUGUUUAUGAAUAUUUGACUUUGAAUAUCAAAUUUUCCCUCGUGGAUUAGUCAAUUUUGCGACAUCUAUUGAUUUUUACGACAUUGGCGAUAUUAACCGAUUCACCAGUACAAGCGUUCCUGUGCGCCUCGGAUGAGCAUCUUGUUCAAUCAUGGAGUGGCUACCCUGUAAUGGGAAAUUAUGUAAAAUGUUCAGGUUCGAGCAGUGUUAAUGUAGGAGAAUGGGGUCGCUGCAGUGUGACUUGUGGGCAUGGAUCACAGUCCAGAACAAUAAUUAAAGUAAAUCCAUGUGGAAGGCAAAGUCGAAGGAAUGAGACAAGAUCAUGUAACACACACACAUGCCCAGUAAAUGGCGGCUGGGGCACCUGGGGUCAGUUCACGCCCUGUGGUAAAUCCUGUGGAGGUGGGAUACAGGUCAGAUUCAGGUCAUGUGAUCACCCAUCCCCCUCCAAUGGUGGACUAUCGUGUAUCGGCGAUUCCCUGCAGACAGCCUCAUGUAAUAGUCAACAAUGUCCAGUAUUGGUAACAAUCACAAACCCGACAGUCUCUGUGACGUCAACCAGUUCUCCGUCAAGAAAGCAUGCUGGUACCAGAUUAACUCCCAAAACACAGAAUUACAAACGACUGAAUUGGCUUCUUCGGCUUUCAAACUUCGAAGAUUAUUGAGAGAUUUCCAGAACAUUGCUUGAAAUGCAAGAUACAUAGUGUGGACAUAUCUUAUUUUGUUAUAUACUCACUGAGAGAGAUUUCUUUAUAUGUACUAAUAUCAAAUUAUUUAUGUAACAGAAUAAUUUUAACGUUGUACUUAUAUCACAAAACACUGUUCAGUGAAUGAGUGAUCUGUGAUUUAUAUUAUAGUACUAAUAUCUAA